AUGAAGCAAACAAUCGGAAACCUUGGUCAAGAGAUCUGGCAGCCCUCCAACCCUUAUACUAAUCUUUCAAAAGAAGGUGUUCAGCACUGCCAAGUCAAUACUCUCCUGUCUAUCAUGCCUGAGCUCGAUAAACCUCCUAAAGGUCUUCUAAUGGGAGUCAUUGACUUGGGAGAUGGGUAUGCAUUGCUU